AUGCAGGUAUGGCAGAAGAAAAACAAGUCCCUCAAAGACUAUUUGGCUAGAUUCAACAAGGAAGCACUACAGGUUAGGAACUUGAAUCAGUCUAUGGCUGUCACCGCUAUCCAGCAUGGCCUAGCCCCAUUCAACUUUUCCAUCUUUAAAAACCCUCCGCAAACCCUGGCUGCGUUGAUGAGCCAUGCGCAAAAGUAUAACAAUGCAGAAGAAGUGCAGACACAACUACAGGAUGAGGAAGAGGGGCCUGACAAGAGGAGGAGAGAAAGUCAGAAAGAUCAGACCGAUACCAUAAGAGUCCUGAUGCAAAUCCACGACCGUAACUACAUUCUUUGGCACGAGAAGAUGAAAACGCAAAGCAACAAGAGGAAUCACGACAAAUAUUGCGAUUUCUAUAGAGAUCAAGGCCACGAUACAGAGAACUGCUUCGACCUACGCAACCACAUUGAAGACCGAAUCAAGCGCGGAUACCUCGGUGGAUUCAUCAAGAGCGAGAAGUCGGCACAGGAAGAAAAACACACAGAGGAUGCUCGACCGUCGCCCCGAACUCCCCCUACUGGUGUGAUUCACGUCAUAUCAGGUGGAGUCGCCGCAGGAGUGGAGAGUAGCUCAGGGCGCAAAAAGUAUGUGCGACUAUGCAAGAUCGACAACCGGGGGAACAAGAAGAAGCGCGACAACGUUCACCGACGAUGA